UCUCGAGAGUGAAGAGAGAGAGAGAGUGAAAGUAUCAGAAAGAAAGUAGAGAAAGAAAAUGGGAUGCUGCUUGAGCGCCGGAAAAGUCAGAGCCCCGCCUGUCGCCGCCGCCGCCGACCAGACUCCUCCAACCAUUGAAGAAGAAACCGUGAAAGAAGUCGUGGUCCAGUCGGUCUCUGUCUCGGUGCCCGACCCCAUCCCUGUCCCGGACAUCGUUCCCUCCGUACCCGAAGUCUCAGAUUCAGAAGCUCACCGUCCUCCUCCGUCACUCCUAACCCCCGAGAUCUCUCACAGUAAGUCCGACAUUUGCAGCGUCUCUCACAGUUUCUCCACCGCCACUACUGCAACCGCUGCUUCCAUCCUCGAAGACGACGCUCUCAGCAAACCCCACCGACCUCUUCCUCCUCCUUCUUCCUCUCGCCGCAACAUCUCUGACAGAGUCUCCAGGUCUCCGGGAGGUCGUCACUCGCCUCAGGGAAAGCUCCGUCCCAGGUUAGUCCGAGAGAGACCGUCUAAUCAACCAAACCCUAUCCACAACCGGCGAAAUGUGGAUUCGGGUCCUCUCCCAAGAAGCGGGUUACUGGAAGGUCCAAGGCGUCGCUCACGGUCUCCGGCCACUCGUGGCCCGAGUUCCGCAAGAAGAAGUCCCAUGAAGAAGCGAGAACCAGCUCCGGUGAGAGACGGAGCAGAGGUGAAGAAGGAAGAGGCGAAAGUAGCUGUUGAGGUAAAGAAGGAAGAAGAAGAUGUAGCUGUGAGGGACCCUGAGGUGUCUAUGGAAUGCUUCAUCUUUCUCUGAUAUCUCUUUACUACCAUUUACUCAUGUUUUGAUUGAUUGAUUUUGAAUUUCCCCUUUUUUUUUUGAUUUGUAAAUUGCGGA